AUGGCGCACGUCGCACCUGCAGCACCUCAGCCCCCUCCCCCGCAGGGCCCACCGCAGCCAGGUGUACCGGGUGAGUUUGGACCCAACCUCAUUGCGGGGCUCGGCUCCCAACAAGUGAUGGACCUAUUGAAGCAGCUGCCUGGGUUCAAGGCAACCGACUUCGGCAAAGACUCUGCCUCCGUAGCUGCGGAGACGCUCUCAAAUCUCUCUCAAGCGACUUUCCAAGGCCAACCACACCCCCAGCACAUCCCACACCCCGCGUACCACCACCAUGUCGUGCACCCGCACCAGCACCCAGGGCUAGCGGGCGACCCCGGCCCGUCCUCGCACCCGCGUGGUCCGCCGAACCUUGGCCAGCUGAGCGCUGCCGCGACCGCACUGCAAGGCCCGCCUGGCGCACCCUCCGUCGGCCAACCUUCGGGCAUGCGCACCCGCAGCCAUGAUGGUGAGGACAUGCCUCCAGAGGGCGAUGACUCCGGUGCAAUGGGCGCGUUGGAUGGCAGCGGUGGCGAGGGCGACGGCGGAGAGGGUGGCGACAAGGCCGGUGGUGGCAAGGGUUCGGGUGGUCGGCGGGGCGGACGAAGUGCGACAAUGAGCAACGACGAGUGGACACGGCAGCGGAAGGAUAAUCAUAAAGAAGUCGAGCGCCGACGGCGCGGCAACAUUAAUGAGGGUAUCAAUGAGCUGGGCCGGAUCGUUCCCAAUGGAUCCGGCGAGAAAGCCAAGGGCGCGAUUCUCUCCCGUGCAGUGCAGUACAUUCACCACCUCAAGGAGAACGAAGCUCGCAACAUUGAGAAGUGGACGCUCGAGAAGCUGCUCAUGGAUCAGGCAAUGGGCGAUCUGCAGGCGCAGCUCGAGGAGAUGCGCCGGCUGUGGGAGGAUGAGCGGCUUGCGCGUCAGCGGGCCGAGUCUGAGCUUGAAGUCCUGCGUGGCCUACAACAAGGUCUUCCUGUGGCUUCAGCCGUCGCUGCUGCUGUCGCAAAUGUGAAGCCUGGGGACCAGUCCCGGACGCCCGAGGGAGCCAAGGAGAAUGGAAAGCGAGAUAGGCCGGAGGCGGAAGGUCUCGAGAACGGCCUCCCAGGGACCAACGAGUCUGCCGAGGAGGCAGAGCGGGCGAAGAGGCAGCGGGUUGAGUAA